AUGAACUUUCAAAAAUUCCUCAAUGAUUUUGAAUCCUUAGUUUAUCGUAUUCGAAGUAAUCCGACCGUGGUUCAUCCAAAAUUGUCUUCGUUUUCAUCAAGAUUUAAAACAUUCAAAUUAUUCCCAUCAAAUACUUCUCAAAAUAAAUAUACAUUGUCCGAAUGUGGUUUAAAAUAUUCAGGAGUGGAUGAUGUCGUGGAAUGCUUUUGUUGUGGUCUUAUUCUUCAUAAUUGGGAAAGGUUGGACAAUCCAUGGAUUGAACAUUGCAGAUUCAGCCCAAGAUGUUUAUAUGUGUUAUUAAUGAAGGGUAAUCAGUAUGUUCAAACCAUAUUAAGUAAAUAUUGUAAAACCGAACGUAUUUGUAAUUGCGAAACUGAGUCAUACGACAACGUUUGUUAA